AUGGAGGGCUUUCUGCUCGUCUUCGCCAAAGAACGCAGUGCGCAGGUGCAGUACUGUGUGCUGGAGCAUGGCAUGUUGCGCUGCUUUGAUCAGCCUGGCGGAGCGCUGCGCGAGUCUGUCGGACUCACGAGACAUCGCAUCCGCGUGCAGCCACUUUUCAGCGACAACGCUGGAAUGUGUCCGAACCGCUUCGCAGUGCACGCGCUCGAGGUGAAGCGCAACGACCAGGCAGGUGCAUUUGUAUCGGCCGGCAAGUGCGAAAAGGCCUACUACUUCGCUGCAGCCACCUCCAAGACCAUGAUUAAGUGGGCCAAUGCCAUUCACAAUUGGCGACGUCAUGCAUUCGACGACCCCACCAGCGGUGCGCUGUCCGUCCACGAUGCCAUCACCGACGAGGCCAUGAAAACCCCCGACGCAAAACGACGCUCGGUCCUACUGGAAACGCAGCGGUUAAACCUCGUCAACUUGGCUAGCCGCUUCGACGUCAAGCUUCUCGCGGCCAGUACGAGCACUGCUAAGAAACCCUGCCGAAAUUAA